GGGUGGGGCUGUCCAGGCGUCGCGAGCGCGUGCGCGCCCGGCGGGAAGCGGCCGGCGCGCGGAGCUGUUUCUCCUAGGUAUCAGCAAGUCCUGCUCUCUGAGCUGGCCAGCCCUGAGACCAUGGGGCCAGUGAAGCGCAUUUGCUGCAUUGGGGCUGGCUAUGUGGGGGGUCCCACGUGCAGUGUUAUUGCUCAGAUGUGCCCAGAAAUUGCUGUCACUGUGGUGGAUGUCAACGAGGAGCGUAUUCAGGCCUGGAAUUCGGACCAGCUGCCCAUCUUUGAGCCCGGUCUACAGGAGGUGGUGGAAGCCCAGCGUGGCAUCAACCUCUUCUUCUCAACUGAUAUCGACAAGGCGGUGAGAGAGGCCGAUAUCAUCUUCAUAUCGGUGAACACUCCCACAAAGACCUUUGGGCUUGGCAAGGGUCGGGCAGCUGAUCUGAAGUACAUCGAGGCUUGUGCCCGACGCAUCGCCCAGGUAGCCACAGGCUACAAAAUUGUGGUGGAAAAGAGCACAGUGCCUGUGCGAGCAGCUGAGAGCAUCCAGCGAAUCUUCAGUGCCAACACCAAAUCUGACCUGUCCUUCCAGGUCUUGUCAAACCCUGAGUUCUUGGCUGAAGGCACAGCCAUCUCCGACCUGAAGAACCCCGACCGCGUCCUCAUUGGUGGUGAUGAGACACCUGAGGGGCAAAGGGCGAUCGAAACCCUUAGCAGCAUCUAUGUGCACUGGGUGCCCAAAACCCGUAUCAUCACUACCAAUACAUGGUCCUCAGAGCUGUCCAAGCUGGCUGCCAACGCAUUCCUGGCGCAGAGGAUCAGCAGCAUUAACUCCAUCAGUGCCCUGUGUGAGGUGACAGGGGCUGAUGUGGAGGAAGUGGCCCACGCCAUUGGCACAGACCAGCGCAUUGGUAACCGCUUCCUCAAGGCCAGUGUGGGUUUUGGGGGCAGCUGUUUCCAGAAAGAUGUCCUCAACCUGGUCUAUCUCUGUGAAGCUCUCAAUUUGCCUGAAGUGGCUCGGUACUGGCAGCAGGUGAUUGAGCUCAACGAAUACCAGCGCCGGCGGUUUGCUGCCCGUAUCGUCAGCUGCCUCUUCAACACUGUCACGGACAAGAAAAUUGCGCUGUUGGGCUUUGCAUUCAAAAAGGAUACCGGGGACACAAGGGAGUCAUCCAGCAUCCAUAUCAGCAAGUACCUCAUGGAUGAGGGCGCCCAUCUGUACAUCUAUGAUCCUAAAGUGAAGAAGGAGCAGAUCAUGCAGGAUUUAGCCCACUCCACUGCUUCACCUGAGGAUCUGGAGAGGGGGCUCAGCCUGGUCUCCAUUGCCUCAGACCCCUAUGAAGCCUGUGAUAAUGCCCAUGCUAUUGUCAUCUGCACUGAAUGGGACAUCUUCAAGGAGCUGGACUAUGAGCGAAUCUACAAGGCCAUGCUCAAGCCAGCCUUUAUCUUUGAUGGCAGGAGGAUUCUGGACAACCUGCAUGGCCGGCUGCAGCAGCUUGGCUUCCAGGUGGAGACCAUUGGCAAGAGGAUCAGCCAGUGCCUCUCCUUCACUGCCAGCACUAUCUCCCAGCUGGACCUCCAGGCUCCUCCCUUGAAGAAGAUUAAAAUAUGAUGUGUCUGUGGAUACAUCAUAAGAUACAUCUGGAGGGAUGAUGUGGCUGUAGCUGGUGCUGUUGACCAUGGAUAAGAUGAGUGGUCUUCCUGGGAACAGGUGCUCCAUCUCUCCUGGAGUCUCACUGAGGUGAGGCUGAUUUCUCUCCUUCCAGAUUGUCACAAUAAAGAGACAUGAGCUGGAGGGAACCUUCUUCCAGCCCUCUUCCUUC